AUGGUUUCAAACAAUGCUGUUCCGAUGAAGUUAGAAAGUUCUGACAGAAGAUAUGUAGUUGUCAGAACGUCAGAAGCUCAUAUGCAAGAUACAGAAUAUUUUGACGCUUUGUCAGAAACUUUGACAUCUGACUUUUACAACCACUUGUUCUCAUAUUUCAUGACAUUAGAUAUUUCUAAGUUCAAUCCAAGACAAAUUCCACAUACCGAAGAGAGACAAACAUUGUUAGAAGCAAACAAGAGUGUAUAUGAACUGUUCAUAGAUGAAACUGACUUUGAGUGUUUAGAUGAAAGGUCAUUGUACGAUUCGUAUAAACAAUAUUGUCAAGAGUAUGGUUAUAUGACAGCAUCUAAACGAACAUUCUUGGCAAAUGUCAAAAGUCUUUUAGACGUACAGAAUGGUGUAUAUACAAAGAAAAAUUUUUCUGAGUAA